UUACCAGCUGCUGGACUAUUCCAAUCCCUGUCGGAGAGAAUACACGGGGACCGACAGUCCUUCUCUUCCUCCCCGUUUACCUCAUUGUGUUUCUUUUAUUACACCCUGCUUCUAUUUUACCUCUCUUUCACUCUUUUCCUAAGUGGAUAACUUGUCCUUCUCACUCCCUUGCUUUCUGCUACGUUUCACGGUUUUUAUAAGCUAUAUAGGUGUAUUUAUUUGUUUUUUAUUAGAAACGAUAUACAUUUAUAUCUUAGAUGUUCCUCAAAUGAGAAGACGCAAAUGAUGGAGUUGCAUAUUUUAGAACACAGCUUGAAAGUAGCGAGUAUAGCAAAAGAGGGCAUUCAGAUUUGCACUCACGGAUUAAUCAAACUCGCCUUCUUGCCCUCUAAAACAAGAUGCAAGUUUUUCAGUUUGACGGAAACUCCGGAGGAUUAUACCAUUAUCGUCGAUGAGGAAGGCUUCAAAGAACUGCCCGAGUCGGAGCACCUUAGUGUCGCCGAGGCCACGUGGUUGGCUCUCAACGUGGUGUCGGGGGGCGGGAGCGCCACCAACUCUCAACCAAUCGGAGUCACCAAAAUAGCCAAGUCUGUCAUUGCCCCCCUGGCAGACCACAACAUUUCUGUGUUUAUGCUGUCUACCUAUCAGACUGACUUUAUCUUGGUUCGAGAGCGGGACCUGCCCAUGGUCAUGCACACCCUGUCUUCUGAGUUCACCCUGCUGAGGGUGAUCAAUGGAGAGACCGUGGCCGCCAACAGCCUGGGAGUCACCAACGGCUUUGUCAAGCCUAAACUCGUGCCCCGUCCCAUCAUCCACCCUCUGUCCAGCCCCAGUAACAUGUUCUGUGUGACCAGCCUGGACCCAGACACACUGCCCUCAGUGGCCACCCUGCUCAUGGAUGUCAUGUUCUACUCAGGCGGCAUGAAGGAGCCCGGGGCGUCUAGCGAGGACUCUGGACACAUCCGUUUCUUCUCCUUCUCUCUGAUUGAGGGCUACAUCUCUCUGGUCAUGGACGAGCAGACCACAUCACGGUUUCCAAACAAUGUCCUCUUCACUAGUGCUUCAGGGGAGCUUUGGAAAAUGGUUCGCAUUGGAGGACAGCCUUUAGGAUUUGACGAGUGUGGUAUUGUGGCUCAAAUAUCGGAACCCCUGGCGACUGCUGACAUUCCAGCUUAUUACAUCAGUACCUUCAAGUUUGACCAUGCCCUGGUCCCAGAAGAAAACAUCCAGAGUGUGAUUGGAGCUUUGAGGACCAAUGAGAGCGCAGGACAGUGAAUGGGAGGUGGGAAGAGACAGUGGAACUAGCGAGCCCUGUGCCCUCACACCCACACGUUGAUUUAUCAUGUCAAAGUCUUUUUUUUUUAAGUGCCAAGAGCGUAUCAGUGGACUGCUGUGGGGGAUGGUUCUGGGAACAGGGUAAUGUAAAGCUUGGGUGGUGUAGAUGGGGUACAGGAGAGGGACGGUGUGUGUGUGUGUGUAGGGAUGCUUUUGUUCAGCGAUCAGCAACUUGCCCGUCCUAUUCUGAGACGUUGCCAACUACGCAACCCUACCCACCACCUCACCCCCUUGACCAUCCACUCUUACCCCAAACAACAUCCACUUCUUUGGGGACCCAAAGAUAGAGUGACUGCAGUGGGGGGGUUUUCCCCUCUCGCUCUCCUUUUACUUUCUCCUCUCCCUUCCCCUCACACCAUUUCACCAUGGCAACGCGGCCUACUAAGUUUGGGCCUAUCUCUUCGACACCAGCCCGGAAUGCUGCGACCCGGCCGUCACCUCCUUUUACUUUGGCACCCACGUGGCCCAUGACAGCCUAUACUGGUGCUUUAGUAUACCACACUUUCCUUCCUAACUUUGCAUUGUUUCUCGCAAGCUGCUCUUCCCAUAACAACCAUACUGUAUUAGUUACCAGUCCUCCCCAUAACAACCAUACUGUAUUAGUUACCAGUCCUCCCCAUAACAACCAUACUGUAUUAGUUACCAGUCCUCCCCAUAACAACCAUACUGUAUUAGUUACCAGUCCUCCCCAUAACAACCAUACUGUAUUAGUUACCAGUCCUCCCCAUAACAACCAUACUGUAUUAGUUACCAGUCCUCCCCAUAACAACCAUACUGUAUUAGUUACCAGUCCUCCCCAUAACAACCAUACUGUAUUAGUUACCAGUUCUUCCCUUAUGGAAAGAGAAUGUUCUCUACAAAAAAUUAUCAAGAUUUCCAUUAUUCUUAUUAUUUAUUUUUCUCAGUGCCAAGUCGUUUUAAAGACCAAUGCCUUGUCUAACGCUCAGUGUGUUUGCACUUGAAGGUGACAUUUCUGAGUUGUCGUUGGUAGUGACACGACAUAGUGUGGUUUUGUUUUUACAAGUUAUUGAAUAAGCUUUUAAUGUCAAGUCCUGAUGAAAUUCUCAUUAUGGAAACUCUUCUUAAAGUAAUCAAUUUCGGGGCUAGAGUUCUCAUUGAAAUGCCAUUUAGCUGAAGGCUAGUGAAUAGAUUGCAGGGACUGAGGCAAGAUGUAUGUCAAGGGUCCUAAACUCUGGUGACCUGGAAAGCAGAUCAGAUUUGUCAGAUGGGAAAAUUAAAGAUUCUGGUGUUGAGCAUAAAAUUACAUUUUACUGACAAUUCACAGAGCCACUGUUAUGUAGAACAUAUCAUAUAAACAACAUUCUAGUGGGCUAUAUAUAAGCCAGUUUUCAUGUAGUAUCGGUCGUUUUGGGAGAAGUAGGUUAUCGUUUUGCAUCAAGUGCCACACCAUGCCUGCCACUAAACCAGCCCUUUACCACAAACUAGUAGAAUAAGGAUAAGUGGUGGGGGAAUGUUGGUUGGGUUGUGGAUCAUUGAACCAGCCCUGCAACCCUGGUCAGUUUAGGCCUUCAGCUCCCCUCCCUCCUACCUCGCCCCCUGCCCCCCCUCACCCCAGUCUGCACUUUAAUACAGGUCCAUCCUGCUGUACUGAUGUGAAAACGGGGAAGACUAUUUUACCCUUGAAGGAUUCUCUUGAGAAGGUGAGACUAUAUUGGUCUUAAUGCAUUGGUGUUUGUUUUUUUGUCCGCACCAAGAAAAAGCUUGCUUCAUCAGUUAGCUUUGAUUAGCAGAAACCAUGUAGCUAUUAAUCAGUGUUAAAAACAUAAAAGGGUGAUAUAAAAAAAUAUAUAAUAAUUGCUUUUGUUUUCAUGUUCUAGUGUGUUUGGUUUCUCAAGGCCUUUCAUCUGUACAUUUUUUUUUUUUUUUGUCUGCAUUUCCAACAUUGGUCCACCAGACCCAUUGCAUAUUCAAAUUUCAUCAUCUCACCAUUAUCCUAAUUUAGACUUAAUAUAAUGGAUUCUGAAAGGAACUUGCAGCUUUCACCAAUAAUGUGAUUUUUAUAUUCAAACCAUUGGUUGAUUUACAUUGUUUCAGUAUGCGAUGGGCUGGAAUGUAAACUCCUAUGCAUGUGGUCUUGGGGGACUGCUGUUGGAGCACUUGUAUUGCUAGAUGCUGUACUACACUCUCAAUUAUUGGCUUUUUAGUCCAGCAUUUUUUUUAUUCCUUGGCAGGGAUAGGUUUCCCACUUCAAUGCACCCAGUUUAUAAAGAAUCAAAAGUGAUAGAUUGAAGUGGUCAAACUGUGGGACAAAAUCAUUCCUAUAAUGUACCUUGCUUUUCAAGAAUCAAUCAUUUUUAAGAAUGAAAUCAGCCAAGGCAGAUGUGAGUCUUAAAAGAACACUAUGUGAUGGAGACAAAUGCAACAGUGGAUUUUUACUUUGUCGCCCUAUAAACAGACAAGACGGGAUUCAAACAAACCACAAUGCGCCGACAUCGCACUGCACUUGAAAUCGGCGACGGCUUUAUCUAUCCCCUCCAUGCUGACGCAUUUGUUAGCUUUAGCUUCUAAGAUUUGUCUGCCAUUUUAAAAUGUUCUCAUUAAUCAUAAGGUGGGAGAAAAUAUUCGGUAGUCAUGAUCAACCGCACCCCUCACUACACUUGUCUUUUAAAGACAAUUUCCCUUAAAUCAAAUGCAGUGCGACCACUGCACGUUGCGGUUUGUUUGAAUCCUGGCCAAACACUUACAUUUUACCUCUUUGUUGAAGGCGUCUUGCAGUGCAAUAACAUUGUGGUCUGACAUUGGUAUUACAAAUAAAGCUUGUAUUCUAUA